AGAUAAUCCAACAAAUCACCUGACUGACCCCAAGCAAACCCAUCGCCCCUCCAACCGAGGUAUUCCCAAACACCAAACAAUAAACCACAAACCAUAACCACAACCACAAUUCUCCACACAAUUGGCACAAUUGACACAAAAUCCCCAAUUAGCACGACCAGCAACAACAGCAACACACGACAAAUGCCUCCCCCCCGAAUCCCAAACUCAAUCCUCCCUCAAAACCACCUCACCUUCGACGUCUGGAAUACUUCCUCCACAGGCCACCAAGUCGCCGAUUCCGCGCAAGGCACAGCAUGGCGGGACACGAGACGAGAAAAACUGACGCGACAGUUUGGAGAGGGGAAGGGGGAUUGUACACUUUACCAGUCUGGAGAUUCUGGUGAUGGAAGGGGUGAGUGGGUUGUUGAUUCUUCUGCUUCUUACUCCUCGAGAGAAAAGGCGGUCAUCUUAAAGAAAGAGGAGAGAGAUAGGAAAGACGCAAGGCAGAUGGAUAUUAGGGGGAUGUUUGGGGCGAUCGGCUUCAAGUUCGAUGUUUACGUCUACUUCUACACCACGUUCGGAUUCGAUAAUAUUAUCGCAAAGGCAGUCGCAAAAGCAGUCACGGUCCCAAUCGGAGCGAGCUGUGCAGACACAUACACAUACACAUACCCAUGCACAUGCGCUCAUGCCUACAUCCACAUCCACACCCACAUCCACAUCUACAUCUACAUCUACAUCUGCAUCUACAUCAUCAGCAUCAACACGAACACGAAAACCUACACCUACACCUACAUCCGCAUCCACAUCUACAUCGACACCUACACCCACGCCUACAUCUCCAUCUACCUCCCCACAACCACGUAUACCUACCCAACAAACCCCUCUCUUAAUCCCCCCAGAACCACCACCAUCACCACUACUUCCUCUUCAACAAAGCCGACCCCCCAAGUCCUCACAAAUUUAACAAUCCACAUCAACGGCCAAACAGCCCCCCACAUAUCCGACCACAAACUCAAACACCUGCUGAUCACCCACGGCGCUGACCUCGCUCUUCACCUCCAUCGAAAAGUCACACAUGUGAUAAUCUGUCAACCAAAUAGUGGUCCCGGGAGAGGUACCGGAAGUGGCAGUGGAUUUGCAGCGGGGAAGUUACAAAGGGAGAUACAACGAGGUGGGUGGAAGGGAAUCAAGAUUGUGGGGGUAGAGUGGGUUCUUGAUAGCAUUGAGGCCGGGAAACGACUCUCCGAGACAAGAUACGCAGUCAAUCUGAGGACGAAUCAGAAGAGUGUCUUUGGGUAUUUGACUUCCUCCUCUUCUUCCCCCUCGACCUCGAAAUCUACAUCAAUUUAA